GUGUCGGCUUUUGGACGCACCACAAACCAAACGUGCAACGGCGUUUUGUGCCAGUCUGCGCAGAUGGAAUGUUCGAGAAUUCGUUCGAUCAGCGAUAACAACAACAACAAUAUCAUUAUCUACAUGGACUUAUUAAAUGUUCGAAUAAAGUCACCAAAAGAUAUUGAUUCGAAUUCAUUGAUUUAAAAAAUCUAAACCAAACAUUGUGAGACUCAUCGCAAAUAUUCAAUUUUUGUAUUGCAAAAAUGAUGACUUUGUUUGAAUUGCCUACGUGAACGUCAACAUGCCCCAGCUGAUGCACGUGGAAACAAAAACAUUUACUGUGCUCGUUUUACAACGCACAGUUUUAUACCAGUUUGGAAAAUAUAUCACCGGCUGAUGUUUUUUUCAGAUUUUUUGUUGUAAUAAUCGAGAAAAAUCAACUAAUGCCUUCAUUACGAGCCUGAAAUGAAGAAUUCUACCAUAAAUCAUCUCAAAUGUAUUACACAAUUAGAAUCGUUCGGUAGUUUUCACUGACAAAAAAAGUUAUUCCUUGACAGUUUAUGCUGAACAAUUUUUUCGACGAGUUGCAUCGGGUAAGCCAUACAGUUACCGUAUUCACAAGCGCAACCGCACACAAAAUAAAACGUAGUUACUGCGGAGAACCAGUUUAUUGCAUAUUUGGGUGUAGAUUUCGAUUGACGCUAUAGCAGACGUGUAAAUGGCUACGGAACCGCACAGUUUGUCAGUUAAAAUAUAUUUUCCUCUCAUUUGGACACGCAUUCACGCAUUGCCAAAAGCUGAGCAGAUAACAGAGACAGCUAUACAGUAGAAACUUAACACACACACACACAAGCGGAGGUCGUAAACGGUGCGGAUCACACCACUAUUUCGCAUCUGGCUGAUGCGUCGUCGUCUCUCUGACGAACCGAACAAAAUGUAUCAAAACGAACCAAAAUAUUAUUAUUCGACGGCCGACCAUACGGAGUGUUGUUUGUAAAUACGAAACGCGGAUAACCAACUGAGUGUGUGACUUGAUUAAUAUAGCACAUUAUACCAGCUGAAGUCUCACCGAGCAGUGAAAAAAACGCAAAGAGAGAAUCACACUUUUUUCCUCAUUAUCCACACACAUUUUAUAGUAUAGGCGGAACACAAAAUACACAACGGGCGACGAAAGAAAAUACGCAAUAACCAAAAAUUUCAACGUUUUCGCUAUCGCAAAAAUCCGCUCUCCAUCAGAGUUUACCGAAUAAUUUUUUGUUGUUGGAUGUUAUUUUAGGCGCAUCUUUAGAAACAUUUUCCACGUAGCAUUGGUGUUUAAGCAUUUUGAAACGAGAUUCAAUUUUUAUUCUUCACAAAUAAAAAGUGAAUCUCGUGAAAUUGAAUUAAAAAAAAAACCGUAAAUUGUGUGUAAAAAAAGGAACAACUCAUACAAACCAUUUAAAAUCAUCGAAUACGUAAAAUAAAAUAACAUAUACAUUAAACCGGUAUAAUCUCACAUAGUCAGUCGCAAUACGCACUUGUGAAAUUUUGUCGACGCACACAUACUUGCGUGAAGCAAAAGCAGACGUAUUCGUUUGACUUUCUUCCGUGCUGUGACUAGCCGAAUAAAAAACCAUUCUUUAAUAAAACACGUCGCGCUUAUAGUCAUUUCGAAAAAUAUAAAUAAUAUUUAGAAAAAAUAAUAAGCCUGUUAACCAAACCGAUAAUUAAGAACAAUUUAAGCGUUUAAAAAUAAAUUAAUAAUAAUAAAUAGUGUGCUUGUGAGGGUUGAAAUUGUGAGCUGAACGAAAGAGGGAUAGAGUGAGAAGAAGUUUUUUUCUCUGUAAAAAUGGAAAUUGAAAACGUGCCAAUCGACGAAGUCGUAUUGAGUGGCAGCCCAAAGAAUGAGAAUGGAAUUGUUGCCAAUGGAACGGCAAAUGGCGAUAAUGGAACGGCUGCCAUGAAGAAACCGUCGCCACCGGCCGAAGGAAAGAAGCGUUUGAAGAAAAUUGCACGCCAGAAUAGUCGCGAGGGUCAGCCAAAUCAUCAUGUGAAUGGAUCGUUGAAUGGAUUCAUUGCACCGCAACGGAGAUGGAAGAAUUCAAGACGAUCGCGCAAUGGGCAUGGUCGUGGCUUACCAAAAAAGAAUGGCGGCGGUGGUAAAGGUGUUUGGGGUCUACCAGGCUCGGAAAUUCUCGAAGAGCCAUUGGAAAUGGAUCGCAAUGAUCCAAAUUACGAUCCAACAGAAGUGAAUGAUGGUAACAUCGAACUCAAAGAAGUGAUCGCUGAAACGACACCCGAAGAAUUUUUCAAAAUGAUUGAACCAAUCAUUUUGGAGUAUUUCGAGCAUGGUGAUACAAAUGAAGUGGCUAUCAGCCUUGACGAAAUUAUUGUGGGUUCGUUGCGACCAUUAGUCACCACUUACUCAGUACAAAUUGCACUGGAUCACAAAGAUUCACAACGCGAAAUGGUCUCGGUGCUUAUUUCUGAUCUCUACGCACGGAUUGUAACCUUACGAGAUAUCGCCAAGGGUUACGACUUGCUUUUAACGAAUUUGCCAGAUUUAAUAUUGGAUACACCAGAAGCUCCAACUUUACUUGGCAAUUUCAUUGCUCGAUCGGUGGCCGACGAUUGUUUGGCACCGAAAUACGUUACCAACCCAGAUAACGUCGAUCAGUUGAACGAGUAUGCAUUGGCCGCUCUAAAGCGUGCCGACGCAUUAUUGUCACUGAAACAAGGUUGGGCACAUUUGGAUAACAUUUGGGGUAAAGCUGGCCCGUUGCGACCAGUCAAAAAUAUUACAAAGCAAAUGACACUACUUUUGAAGGAGUACAUUUCAUCGCGUGACUUUGACGAAGCUGCUCGUUGUUUGCGUGCACUUGAAGUGCCGCAUUAUCACCACGAGUUGGUGUACGAAGCGAUUCUCAUAGCAAUGGAAUCGGUUAAUCAACAAACCGAGGAAGCAAUGUGUACAUUGCUUAAAGCUAUGGAUGAAGCAUGUCUCAUUUUGCCGGCUCAAAUGGAACGAGGAUUCCAACGUGUUUACGAUGACAUGCCUGAUAUUGUUUUGGACAUUCCACUUGCUUAUAUCAUGCUUGAUCGCUUCAUUGAACGUUGCGGUCGUGCAGGAUUCUUAUCGGAAAAGUCCAUUAAAACAAUGCCAACUAGAGGACGCAAGCGUUUCGUAUCUGAGGGCGAUGGCGGUCAUAUCAAACCCGAAAUGUUGCACUAUCGUGAUUGAAUUCAUUUGAACUCGAAACCAAUAUACCUCAAACCACUGCAAAACUAAAUGGAAGAUGCGAAAUGCAACAAACACAACAACAUCAACAACACAUUGGAAACAAACGAGUCGCAGAUAAAUUGCAAUCGAUUAGUUUAUUUCCAAGACAUAGAAAAAGAAUUUUAAAGAAAAAUAUUCAGUUUAAUCUUUUUUGAUUUUCCACAUUUUUGAUGGAAAAUCCCCGUGGACAAACAAUAUAAAAUAUACAUUCAAAACAAUACUUCAUUUAUAACUAGAGCUAAUCAUCUCUCAGUUUCUGAACUAAAAAUGAAAAAAAAAGUAAUAUUGGCAUAUUGAGCAAAAAAAAAAAAAACAAUGAUAGUAAAACGUUAACGUGAAAACAAGGAAAUUUUAUUCGAAGAAUUUUAUCUUCUCUUUUCUACAAAUUUCUAUUAGAUUACUUUUUUUGAAAGAUGAAAAAAGAACUUUAUGUAAUCAAGUUAUUGAUUGAUAAAAAUCUAUAUAAGAACACAAAUAAAACCAAAAUCAAGAAAAA